GCAGCAAGCAGGCUCCAAGGCUCCAGCACAUGCCUAUGUUGCUUAGGAAAAAGGAGGUGGCUGACAGGGAGGGGUGGAGAAACAUGUUGCAGUGGUGAAGCUGAAUCUCGCCAGCGGCACUGGCCAUCAUUCCUUCGACCAGUCGACUUCCCCUUCAAACACAUUUGUCGUGAUUCGUAGGAAGAGGGGAAGGUGCUGCGCAAGGAGUUGGGUCCGCAUGGUGAAGAGCCACGUUCCCCAUGCUUCAAAACCGAGUAUUCUGAAAGUUGAUUCAAUUUUGGGGUAGUGCAUUCUGCUGGCCUCCUACCAUGGAGGUUACAUUUGAGGGCGAAGGUGGUUCUCCAACAAAUGAGAUCACGCCAGAUCCUCUGAGCGAAGACUUUCUAUCAUGGGUUAAGUUAACGACCGCCAGGCCUGGAACGUGGCCCAGUUCGCAGGGAAGCAUGCUAGAUGAUCAACAUAAAUUGGAACCAGAAUCAAAGUUGCUCAGCAGCUAUGCUGAUCACGAGCAGCGUGCACUGCGUCUGGAAGCUAAUCAAAGAAGGAAGCUACUGCAGAGCUAUGACCGAGCUCUAGGAUCAGCACGAGACAACGAGGAGCUGGCCAAGAAACAGGUGCUUCAAGCAGAGGACUUUCUCUCUUCCUUGGAAGAUCAGUAUGAGAACAUACUGGAGCAGCUGCAGGAAGCAUCGCAGAGCCAUGGCUCUCCGACCGAAAAGAUGCUUAUCCUGCGAGAGCGGCUGGGUGAGUGCAUGCGUGCCAUAGAGGAGCAGCAGUUGGCACUGGACAGGGCCAAAAGAGAGGAGGAUGUCGCUCUAGCAUCACGCCUGCAGCUUGAAGUCCAAACCAGGGGCAUGGAGGAAACCAAAACUCUGGAAGCAGGCAAUCUCGGAGAGGCGGGGUCCUUGCAGCGGCUGGCGACCCUUCGGAAAGACAAAGAGUCUGUCCCAGCAGAGCAGUACCGAAAAGGGAGCCACAAGCUGAAGCUCCUCGCUAGUGAAGAGCGACAGAAGCAGGCGGACCUAGAUGAGACAGUUCUACAGCAGGCAGGGGAGGGACGACGAGUCGCAGUGGAGCGGUUGAAGAUCCAGCUUGGCGCGAUACGGCUGAAUGAGUCCGCGCGGAGCUCCACCCGGAUCACGGAGCGGAGCCGGAAGGCGGCCGCGCUGCUGCAGCUGAAGCGCGACACGGAGGCGAUCAAGACGGAGAUUGAGUCGAAGAACGCGUCACGGCAGCGCCGGUUAAAGCUCCGGGAGGAAGCACGAACUAAAGAAACGGAGGCGCUGCUGAAGGCUGGGAAAAACCCCUAUGAGGUCUUUCGGCGGCGCGAGCAAGAAGAGGCGCGCACGCGCGAGCAGGCGCGCGUAGAUGAGCGGCGGCGGCAGCAGGAGGCGGACUUCGCGGUCGAGAUGGAGAAGGAAGCGGUGCAACUGGAAAAGGUCACGGCCAGAAUGACGGCCUUCGAGGCGCGGCAAGUGCCCGUCAAGAUGGACGACCCGGACAGGUGGCGCAAUUACCUGGAGGCACGUGCCCUCCCGGGGCUGGAGCUGUCCGAGAUCACCAAGCCCGGCGGGUUCCUGCCGUCCAAGAUUGCGGACCCCUCUAAGAUUCUCAACAAGUACCAGCUGGGUCUCGGCAUCGCUUCCAAGUCCACCGUUGACGCCUUACAAAAGGUCUACCACGAAACCCCGAGCGAGCUCCUCAUCCCCCGGUCUCCCAACAAGCCCGCCCCACAGCCGUCCGAUGCCCAAUCGGACGGCCAAAACGCAAGCCUCUUGUCUGGGGGCGGUUCCGACGAACCCGACGGGGGUGGCAACGACGAGAACGUCAGCCCGGGCGCGCGGCCGCGCGCGCUGAGCACGUGGGAGGCGCGGCGGCUCGCGGAGGCGCGCGCGCGCCACAAGGAGACGGGCAUGACCCGGAAGCAGGUCGUCUGGGGGAGAGAGUUCAAGGGCGCUGCGUUUCUACCGACGCCUGCCGACAUCGUGUUUAAGGAUUUCGAAGUCGGGCAUACGUAUAAGACGAAGUUCACGCUCACGAACGUCUCGUACACUUUCAACACGUUCAAAAUUGCGGACCUGCCGGACGCGGUGCGCGACUUUUUCGUGGUGGAGUACGAGUUCCCGGGGCAGGUGUCCGCCGGAAUGAGCUGCGAGGUGACCAUCACAUUCACCCCUAAAGUGAACGAAGACAUCUUCGAGGAGCUCCCGGUUCUCGCGGCAACCGGGCCCAUGUCGGUGCCCAUUCGGUGCCUGAUCAAGCGCACGGUGAUUGUCACCGACCCACCCACCAACCGGCUGGACUUUGGCAUCGUCACCCGGGCGGAAAAGUGCGUCAAGACGCUGACGAUCGAGAACCGAGGGUCGCUACCGACUGCGUUUGAGCUGAGGGAGUUGGGGCCGGAAGGAGCGCCCGGUGACUCGGUACUGAGCUAUACGAAAACGGGCGCGGUGGGGGGAUACAGCAAGGCCCGGAUUGACUUCACGUACGCCCCCCUGGAAGAAGGCCCUUUUCGCCGGACGCUUUCCGUGACGUUCUCGGCCAAAGAAGUGGGCGAUCUGACGCUUGACGUCACUGGAGCGUGCGGUGACGUCCCCAUCUACCUGGAGAGCGAGGAAGCUGACUUCAAAUGCUGCGUAUACGAGCAGGUGUACCGAAACGUCCUGGUCGUUGCUAACCGCGGCAAAACCACGAUGAAGGUUACGCUGACCCCGCCCAAGGGGCUCGCGGGCUGCCUCCAAAUCGUGCCGGAAUUGGGUUACGUCCAAGCCGGGGGCACUUUCUCCUUCCAGCUCAAGUUCUUGCCCGCUCUAGAUCUCCUCGAGCGCUGCGCCCCCCACUCCAAUUCCGCCACCGGAACCCUCGCGGUUCCGCUCCGGUUACGGAUACCGGAACAGACCUUCCCGGUCACAGCGGUGGUCAAGGCGACGCUGACGUCAGCGGAGCUUCGCUUCUCCCCGCCCGCGCUUGACUUCGGCACGUGCCCCGUUGGGGAGUCCGUCGCCUGCCCCCUAACCCUGAGUAACCCGUCCGCCUUACCCCUCCGUUACGGCUUUAACCCACUUCCGAAAGGGGUGUCCGUCAAACCCGGCGACGGGUUUGGAAGCCUCCUUCCGGGGGAGUCCGUUCAGCGGUCGGUGAUUUUCACCCCUCACGCCGCGACCCUCUAUAGCUUCCCGCUCCCCUGCACGAGCUCCCUGGCACCCGCGCAACCCUUUAAGGUUCCCUGCGUUGGGCUGGGCGCGCUCGCGCCCCUGGUGUUCAGCGCGAACCGCGUAGAGCUUCCCGCGACGCCCUUGGGAAGCGCCUCGACCGCGACUCUGCUCCUGAAGAACGUUUCGAGCGCACCGCAGAGCUUCGAGUUCGCGCUUCCGGAUCGACGCGAUCUAAUCAUCAGUCCUUCGAUUGACGUCAUCCAACCGGGGAAAGCGGCGACGAUUCUGGUCGAGUUCCGGCCUUCGGAGGAUGCUGACGUGAGCGAAGGGAGUGAAGGUGACGUUGCUGACGUGCCAUCUGACGUUAGCAGGCCAGCCAGUGGCCAGGGUCGACCGGAGGUAGGAGCACAGCCCGGAACGGAACCGGAAACGAGUUCUAGGAGCGAAGUGCCUACGAACGGGGAAGUCAGACGUAACGCCGCCCUGUGCUUACGUCAGCAGACCGUCAUCCCGUGUCUCAUUCGGAAGCAAAAAGCUCAGGCGCCGUCCGAGGUGAAGAUAACCAGCCUGGUUACGGUGGAACCCACGCCGCAAAUGAACGGUAACGCCGGCUCCACCGCAGCGGUCAGCGUUACGCUCCACCUGGAAGUCCAUACGACCGCCAUCGAGCCGCAGCUGGCAAUCGAGGACGUCCCGGGGGGCCCCGAUCCGCAGGGAUUCUACCCCCUGAACUUCGGCCAGGUGCCCGUGGGCAAGCGGGUGCUGAAAACGUUCACCGUGCGACACGUGGGCAGCCGUCCGAUGAGCAUAUGCGCGAGCCCGUUGGGCCACGACGGGAUAUUCACACGGGUGAAUGCGCUCAGGGAGCUGUUCCCCCUUGAAGAGGAUCCGGCCGCUACUUGUCGCAGUAGCGAAGCUUCUGGGGGGGCCGGUUUCGCCGGCAGGUCAACCCCCCCAGCAGGAGAGGAGCACGGGACGGACGAGACACGUGGCGCUUCCAGGGCUUCAGGAGAAGCUUCGAAAAACGUUGGAGAGUCAGCGGAUUUGGUAUCGGGGAGGGAGAUAGUAAGUGCUCAGUCAAACCCAGCAGAUCGAAGUGCCAGCCGUUCUUCGUCUGCCGCGGGGGGCCCUACUCCCAGCGGAAAAAGCACCCCCGGUCCAACCGCCGAAAGCGUCCCCAGCACGUCCGUCGGCGCCGGCAAAUCCCUCGCGGCCGCUGAACCCCUAAACCCCGCGAAGCGCCCGCCGACGCAGCAGAAAGUGUUGGUCGAGUUCGCGCCGGCAGCCCGGAUACGCUAUCGGGAGGUGAUGACCCUUUUCACCAAGGGGGGGCUGGGAGCGACUAAGCUUCAGGUGUUGUUGCUGGGGGAGGGGAUUAGCCCUACGAUGCACCUGGACCCUCAGAUUACAGCCGUCAAUCUGGGACACGUGUUGGCGGGAGAGAGCGUGGAGAAGGGGUUCGCGAUCGUGAACACGUCGCCCUUCGCGCUGACAUUCCGGCUGCGGCUGGACGGAACCGUACAGCGGAACCGGAACGGCAUGGAGCCCAUCUUCUGCAAGCCCGCGGAGGGCACAAUCGAGGCCGGUCAGCGUGCCCCGGUCGCCAUUGCCUUCAACUCGGACCGCCCGGGGUGCCAAUACCGGGCGAAGCUUCUUGUCGAGGUCCCUAAUCAAGACAAAGAAGUGACGAUCGAUCUUACCGGCUACUGCUGGGACCAGGCGCUCUUCCUGACCGGAGCCGACCCCCCGGAUGAUCCCCCGACCCACGAUACAGAACCGGGGGGUGUGCCGAAGGCGGUAACGGUGACCCUAGUCACGGACGGGGCCAAAGGCCUCUCCUCGCGUUCGAUAACGGUGGGUUGCGCCGAAAGUGGCAAGGCCGGUGGGAAAAGCGCGACCGGGGAGUUUGUGAUUGAGGGACUGGAUAAGGGCUCCGCGAAUGCGGCGCAGGGGUGGUCGGUUGACGUCAGCAAGGGGAGCUUGGCGCCCGGGGAGAGAAAAACGGUGACGUUCAGUUACUCGGCGCCCCAAAAAGGGGGCCACGGAGGGGGAGCAUUGAUAGAGCUCGGCGAAUUGGUCGAGACGAAGGUGGUUUUGCAGUGGAAGGGAGGGGCUCCUCCGCCCAAGGAAUCGCAGGUGCAAUUGACUUUAAGGUGCCUCCCGAACAUCUAAGGCGAACUGGGAAGCGAGGAAUAUGUUAAAUCUGAUAACCAAGAUGCGUAUCUACGUAUC